GACGUUUUCCGAAAGUGUCAACCUGAACUUGCAGAGCUAACUUGCUUUCGGUGUAUUAAAACUAUUUCUUUUGAACAUCUGCCGGAGGAUGGAAACUGAAGAUCAAGUAGUGGAGGAAGAAAUUGCCUCAGAUGAGGAGGAAUCAAUAUUUCUUGAUAUUGAUCAGCUGCAGAAUCAUGGCAUUAAUGUUGCUGAUAUCAAGAAACUGAAACAAGCAGGGAUAUGCACUAUCAAGGGAGUUCAAAUGACGACAAGAAAGAAGCUGUGUACCAUCAAAGGUAUAUCAGAAGCAAAGAUGGAAAAGAUCAAAGAAGCAUCAGCAAAACUUGUGGACCCAGGAUUUCUCACAGCUUUACAGUAUGCUGACAAGCGAAAACAAGUUUUCAAGGUUUCAACUGGAAGUCAAGAGUUAGAUAAACUGCUAGGAGGAGGAGUAGAAAGUAUGGCCAUCACAGAAGCCUUUGGAGAAUUCAGAACAGGGAAGACACAGAUUUCUCAUACAUUGUGCGUGACAUCUCAGCUACCAGGAGCCAAUGGUUAUUGUGGAGGAAAGGUUGUGUUCAUUGACACAGAAAAUACUUUUCGACCUGACAGAUUACGGGACAUUGCUGACAGAUUUAAUCUUGACCAGAGUGCUGUGCUGGAUAAUGUGUUGUAUGCAAGAGCAUAUACAAGUGAACACCAGUAUGAGCUCCUGGACUUUGUUGCAGCCAAAUUCUAUGAAGAGCCUGGUGUAUUCAAACUGCUGAUAGUGGAUUCUAUAAUGGCACUGUUCAGAGUAGAUUUCAGUGGUAGAGGAGAACUAGCUGACAGACAGCAGAAGCUGGCUCAACUCCUGUCUCGGUUGCAGAAGAUAGCAGAAGAGUAUAACGUGGCAGUUUUUGUUACGAAUCAAAUGACAUCAGAUCCUGGAGCUGGCAUGUCGUUUCAAGCUGACCCAAAGAAACCAAUUGGUGGCCACAUUCUUGCUCAUGCUUCCACAGUCAGGAUAAGUCUAAGAAAAGGAAGAGCAGAAAACAGGAUAGCCAAAAUAUAUGACAGUCCUGAUUUGCCAGAGAAUGAAGCAACAUUUGCCAUCAGUGGUGGAGGAAUCAUUGAUUCCAAAGAAUAGUCUGGUCUUUUUACAGUGAAAUGAAUACAUUAUCCCUUCAUCACAUCCUGUAUGUAUGAAUGUGACUGCUAAUAUUGUGGUUAGAACUCAAACACAUUUUACCAUGAUGUUCAUGCUGAGCAUGUGUAAUCUCAUAACUUUUCCCCAAAGGACAAAGUUUUAUGAAAUGCCCUUCAUCAAUCAAAUGGCCCAGGGUAAUAGUUUCAAUUGUUCUGCUAGUUCUAAUGAAUGAUAUCCUUUAUGGAACAAUACUGGGAAAUACUUAGGGACCGUUCAUAAUUUAUGGCUAGGGGGGUGAUGAUGAUAUAUAUAGAGAAGUACAAUGUUAAUGACUCCCCCUA